AUGACAGAAGCUGCACUCGGACUAGACGCCGAAGCGACCUAUCCUUCUCAGGCCUUUCGAAUUUCGUCAUCUUCUGAAGCAUUGCUUGCCUCUUCCACUAUCAAAAUCACCACCCAUCUCUGUAACAGGAUCGGACAAUAUGUCAUUCUCUGGGCGGAUAUUCAGCGGGUAUUCAAGGACGUCCAGUACAUCAUGCACAAUGGUAUCACUGUCCCCUUCAUGACCGAUGAUAAUCUUCAAGAGUUAUCGCCACCAAGGAUCCUCUAUCGUCCUGGAGUUAUUCUUGAUAUUGUUCUCGACGACGACGCCCGCGUGCUCUCUGUCAGAAAGCAAGCAGACUUGGCACUCAUAGACCACCUGGCGGACAUAAGAUUGAGUCUUCAGCAUAUCUUUGAGAGCCAGACCUCGAUCCAGGGCCUUCUACAGACCAUUAUCAAUCAGACGUACGAGCUGAAAAGCAAUCCCUUCAAGAGUAGGACCGCAUUCAAGUCAAGGAUUAAGGCACUGGACCUGCCAGAGAUCAGAGACCUGGUCUUCCAGUAUCUGGAUCGCAAGAGUUAUGUAAAAUGUAUGCGGCUCAACAAGGCAUGGCACGGAUGGGCGGAACUAAAGGUCUGGGAAACGAUCAAACUAAGCGGAAAACCACGAAUGGAUCCUUCUAUUGAAGCUCUUCGACGCUAUGGUCAUCUUGUCAAGACCUUCGAGAUACCCUUUCCCGCUACUUUCAGGACCGAAUAUCAUUCGCUGGAUCUUUUAAACCUCCAAAGUCUUUCCCUGACCCUUUCGAGUGGAAAUGUGCAGCACAUGGCCGAACUCAUUUACCGACAUGGAUACCUGAAGCGACUGAAUGUGAUGCAAGUAGAGGAGGGGAGCGAGUCUCGUCUUGGCAUUUUGCAACUAUGGAAGGCGAUCGCAAGUCUGCAGAACUUGAACAGCCUACAUGUCUGCAACGUCGAUCUAUACACCGCCGUCAAUCUCGAAAGAUUGAGAGAGCUGCAUUUACUUUAUACUAAGACUGCCCAGGAUACGAUACUCCAACAGCUGCAAUUCUUGUCACGAUGUUCAUCCUUGGAGUCUCUCGAAUGGCGUUCAGCCGCUGUUAUUCAAAAGACUGGAGCUGACACAGUUGGAAGAUUUGUGAGGAUGGUCAAAGCGGGGACGUGGCCCAAGUUGGAGGCAUUAACGAUAGAUCCAGGUACUUUGGCCCUUUCUGACGAAAGCAUAGCAUCUAUCCUGGCAGCCAUGCCACGAGUGACGUUCGUGGGGAUGUGCAAUUCAGCAUUCGGUCAACUGUCGAUCCAGUCUCUCAGGGCCCACUUCUCGACCCUCAAGGGGCUUGAUCUCAUGGGAUGUCCUCAAGUGACAAAAACAAUGCUGAUGGAAGUCCUCUCUUUAUGCCCACAGCUAUUAGAGCCCUUCAGAAAUCGCCUCACUAAGAUUGCCGCCGAUAGAAACUUGUAA